CGUCCCCGUCCCGCCGCCGCGGGCCAUGGCGGAGCUGGAUGUCGGGCGGCACUGCGCGGUCCCGCACUGCCGCCAGCUCGAUUUUCUGCCCUUUGUAUGUGAUGGCUGUUCAGGAGUCUUCUGCCUGCAGCACAGAAGCCGGGAUGCUCAUGGUUGUUCUGAGGUGAAUCUCAGAAAUAACUGUGUGAAAACAGAUCAGCAUAGCUCUUAUCCAUGCUCAUUUAAGGACUGCAAUGGGAAGGAGCUUUUACCAGUUUUAUGUCCCCACUGUGAAAAACAUUUUUGCCUAAGGCACCGUCAUCAAUCAGACCAUGAAUGUGAGAAACUGGACACGCCAAAGCCUCGAAUGACUGCCACCCAGCAGCUUGUUCAAAAUAUUAUAGAUUCCAAAAAAAGCGAGGAAGCCAAAAGCAAAAGACGGAAGGGAGCGAAAAGCAACGAGACGGCAGCAAAGGUGGCUCUGAUGAAACUGAAAAUGCACGCGUGUGGGGAUAAGUCUUUGCCUCAGACUGAAAGAGUUUACUUUCAAGUGUACUUACCAAAGGGAAGCAAAGAAAAAAGCAAGCCUAUGUUCUUUUGCAGUAAGUGGAGUAUUGGCAAAGYAGUAGAUUGUGCAGCUUCUUUAGCAGGUCUUAAAAAUGACAACAACAAAUCAACAGCCCAGAAAUUGAGAUUGUGCCAUAGUGUCUCUGGAGAAGCUUUACCAUUUGAGCACACAUUGGAAACAUGGCUGCUUGAUAAAGAAUGCCCAUUGUACAAUGGGGGAAAUGUCAUUCUGGAGUAUCUUGACAAUCAAGUUCUAUUUAUAGAAGAUACAGAACCGUACUUCAGUUAAUCAGCAAAUUAUCACCAAAAAAAAUCAAUUAUUUUUUAAAGACUUUGCCACUCCAACCAGGUCCAAUUUCUUUUUAGAACCACCGUAUAUCAUAAUCUGUCCUCUGUUACAGUGACACAGUUCCCAGCAAUUUUCCAGUUGCACUGAUUGAAUUAAGUACUCUUCUGAGAACAGAAGUAGUUAGUAUAAUAAUUAAUAUAACUGAUACUUUAUAGAAUAAAUCGUUGGUUUAUUUACCUGUAUAAUAUCAUGCCAUUCUCAUAAGUUUUMUAUUUAUAGUAUUUUUGUGUAAAURACGGCAAAGCAUGUAUUAAGAGCAAUAAAUAAUGAAAAUAUAAA